AGAGUGGCUAUCCUCAACAUGGCCUCGCCGCUCUCGCCAGGCGGCGGGUUCCUUAACGGCGCCACCAGCCAGGAAGAGUCCCUGUGCAUGGCGACUACGCUCCUCCCAGCCUUACGCGACGAGUUCUACCGCCUGCCAGAGGUGGGGUGUGUCUACACCCCCGACGUGCUCGUCUUCAGGACAAUGGCAUCGUCGUCAUCGUCGUCGUCGUCGUCGGACAGGUGGUUUGUUGAUGUCGUGAGUGCUGCUAUGCUGCGCCUGCCUGAGACCGAGAUCGAUGAAGAUACGGGGCUUGGAAAGUAUGUUCACGCCAAGGACAGGGAGCUUGUUAUCGACAAGAUGAGGGCUGUGAUGCGCGUUUUUCAAGCUAAACAGGCGAAAAGGGUUGUCCUUGGUGCUUGGGGCUGUGGUGCGUACGGGAAUCCCGUCGGUGAGGUUGCAAGGGCGUGGAAGAAAGUGCUGCUCGGUGGGAAUAGCAAAAGGGUGAAGCAGAAAGGAAAGGCUGCUGAACCUCGGAGCGCUUGGGACGGGAUCGAAGAGGUGGUGUUUGCGGUCAAGCAUGCCGGGAUGGCCGAGGCUUUUCAGGCUGCCUUUGGUAAGGAGCACUUGGAGUGGGUGGAUGAUGAGGUCGGAGACGUGGAAUCACAGGGUGGGGAGGAGGAUGCUGAGGAGAAAAGACAGAGCGAUGAGGUUUCUGAGAGAAUUCGUGGGCUCAAAUUGCGUAUUGAUCGUGCACCCGAUCCUCACGUCAAGGCAGGGCUGGAGGCGGUGCUGGCAGGAUUACUACAGAGUCAAAAGUCUAUGGUUUCAAUAUCUUCAAAGGAAGAGUAUGAUAGCGAACAGGAAGAGGACGUAUGUUGA